AAUCAAACGACAUCAUACCGUUCUAUCAAAAGCGAAAGCACGCGUUUUCCAAAAGCCUAAGAUUUCUUGCCUUCUUUUGAACUCCUUUGUUUUGAAAGAAUUUUGAAAGAAACCAUAUCAUGAGAGUCGCACUGUCAUAUAUGCAAUUGAUGCUGAUCACUUCUGUGUCCGGGUUUGGACCGCAAAAAAUGAAAACCAUAGAAAUAAUUCGGAGUUCCCCGCGCCCCGAGACUUCCCUUCGAUUCUCACCGUCGGAAGAUGGUGACGAAAAGUCGAUCAACGUGCUCGGCACCCGAAUGGAAUGCUGCUGCUCCAACGUCGGAAAUUCAGGAAUCGGCACUGGCUUUUACCGAAAUGGUUACUGCUCUACCGGUCCACAGGACUUUGGGAGGCACACCGUUUGCGUGCAGGUUACGGAGGACUUUCUUGAGUUUUCCAAAUCGGUGGGGAACGAUCUCAGCACGCCUAUUCCCGAGUAUCACUUCCCCGGGCUGAAGGAGGGCGACCAGUGGUGCCUCUGUGCCCAGCGGUGGGCUCAGGCCUACGCCUUCGGGAAGGCACCGAAGCUGUAUCUACGGGCUACGCACGAGAAAACGCUGGACUAUGUGGAAUUCGCCGUGCUCCGACAAUAUGCACUCGAUGGGAAGGAAGCCGACGCCGAAAAGGGAGACCUCGACGAGAAGAGAAACAUUCUCGAAAACAUUUUUGGACAGGAGAGUUCGCCGUCAUCACCACCGAACUCUGAGAGCGAGGAGUAAAUAGUGGACGAAAUUGUUCUGAUCCUCUCAUGAAGUCGUUA